AUGAGUAACUCAGGCUGCAAUGGUUCCCGUUACAUCCCUGAAGAAAUCCUGAUCAACAUACUAUCAAGACUACCGGUAAAAUCUCUUAUUCGGUUUAUUUGUGUAUGCAAGUUAUGGAGUUCUUUGAUUCGAAGCUCGAGGUUUAUUGGAAUGCAUCUUAAUAGGAAUGUCACAAACCGUGCUCAUGCUUUUAUAAUUGCCCUCCACGAAAGUAGACGCAAACCCAAAAUUUGCUACACCCUUUUCUCUAAUGAAACAUUUGAGCCGUGCUUGAAGAUUAAGCAUCCCUUAACAGGGCCCAAAAUUGAGAUACAUGGUUCAAGCAAUGGCUUAGUUUGUCUGUCAUAUGAACUGGGGAAUUUGGAUACUUCUAUAUACCUAUGCAACCUAUCAAUUCAGAAACAUGUGGUCCUUCCUCCCACCAGCAUUUUGUGCUUGCCCAGUCCUGAAUAUGUCACUUAUGUUGCAUUCGGAUUCCACCCCGGGCUUAACGACUACAAGGUGGUAAGGUUGCUCACGUUUUCUGAGGGGAAUCACUGCAUUGAAGUGGAGGUUUAUAGUUUGAGCACAAACUCUUGGAAGAGGAUUGAUGCAAUCCCUGCUUCCAUAAAGGCCAUGGUUUUGCACUCUGAUCAAUUUGCAGUUUAUAAUGGAGUAGCAUAUUGGAUUAUGAAGAAAGAGGAUGCUACUUAUUGUUUCGUGUCUUUUGAUACCGACAGUGAGGUGUUUGAAGAGUUUCUGCUACCAGAUGCUGUUGUCGAUGGAAUUGAAUCCAUGCUUGAUAAUUGCAAGGAAUUAAUUGCGGAGUACAAGGGAUCAAUUUGCUUGUUUCAAUCCAAUCUAGAUUUCAGGGCUGGUAAUGACUACAUUGACAUGUGGGUUCUCCAAGAAAAGUCUUUCAAGAAGUUGCUGACUGUUUACCUUCCUGGAAAGAGGAGCUUUUACCCUUUGGCCAUUAGAAUGGGCAACGAACUCCUCGUGGGAUACCCUUGUGGUAGCUAUUUGUGUUCUUAUAAUCUUGAAACCAAGCAGGUUACAGAAACUGGAAUUAAGUUGGCUGUGGAUCGCUAUAACGACUAUCAUGCGCGUGCUUAUGUCGAAAGUUUAGUCUUGCUCAGGGAGUAGAAAGGGACGACUUAGAAAGAAUGUUAAUUAUGU